AUGGAUUUCUCCAUCGGACUCCGAUCGUGGGUAUUGGACAUCAAUCGUAAUCUUACCGAAAGUGGUGGUCCUGGGAAGCUGAGCUCAUUUUGGGAGAAUGACAUCUACGUGGUGGUAAAUCGAAAGGGCCCGGCCGAGAGCCCUGUGUACGAACGAAGCGUGAGAACGGUAAGGGAAAGAAUAGGGUUCAACACCGAAAUUUACUUCUUUCUUGUGAUCAUUUACCCGCGGAAAACCCACAAACACUUACACCAAAACCACCCCCAGCAACCCUACGACACCAAAACCGACAACCACCAAAACGUUACAGCGCAGGAUGAGGAAACCUCCAGCGACAAAGAAUUAUCUGCUGUGGUAAUGGUCUCCCUACAUCGAGAAGCGCGUUCUGUCCAAUCCCAAAACCCGCUACCAACAGACGAGGCAAGCGCGUUCUGUCCAAUCCCAAAACCCGCUACCAACAGACGAGGCAGUUCCUGAUCAAAGUGAUAACCUGGCUGUGGACGACAAUUUAGAGACCCUUGAAUUGCAAACCCUUACCGAGACCGAAGAAGCAUUAGACCUCAGCGGUAAUCAGGAUAACCUAAACCCUGUUCGUGAUAUCCCUACCAUACCUGUAGUUGAAAAUCCGAGACCACAACGAGCACGGCACCCAUCUGAUCGGCUAACCUACUACAACCCUG